UAGCGCUCCAGGUCUGCAGGCCGACCCGCGGUCAGUCUGCGGCUGCGGAGACCAUGGGGCGUGAGUCUGUGGUGCUGGUGGGCUUGCUGCUCGGACUGGGGCUGCUACUGUGUGAACUGGGCAGCCAGGCGAGCGCCGAGCCCCGGGCCCCGCCGGACAGGAUCGCAAUCGUUGGCGCUGGAAUUGGUGGCACUUCCUCAGCCUAUUACCUUCGGAAGAAAUUUGGGAAGGACGUGAAGAUUGAUGUAUUUGAAAGAGGAGAAGUCGGGGGCCGUUUGGCCACUUUGAAGGUGCAGGGUCAUGACUAUGAGGCAGGGGGGUCCGUCAUCCACCCUCUGAAUCUGCACAUGAAGCGCUUCGUCAAAGAUCUGGGCCUCUCCAGUGUUCCGGUUUCGGGUGGCCUGAUGGGGGUGUACAAUGGAAAGUCUCUGGUGUUUGAGGAGAGCAGCUGGUUCAUAAUCAACAUGAUUAAGCUUGUGUGGCGCUAUGGAUUCCAGUCCCUGAGAAUGCACAUGUGGGUAGAAGACCUGCUAGACAAGUUCAUGAGGAUCUAUCGUUAUCAGUCCCAUGACUAUGCCUUCAGCAGUGUAGAAAAGUUAAUGUUUGCCAUUGGAGGGGAUGACUACGUCCGACUGCUUAACCAAACUCUCCGUGAAAAUCUGCAGAAAGCAGGCUUCUCUGAGACGUUCCUCAACGAGAUGGUCGCUCCUAUCAUGCGAGUCAAUUUUGGUCAAAGCACUGACCUCAAUGCCUUUGUGGGGGCAGUAUCGAUGACAGCGGCUGAUUCCAACCUUUGGGCGGUGGAAGGUGGUAAUAAAGUUGUUUGCUCAGGGCUCCUUCAAGCCUCCAGCAGCAACCUCAUAAGUGGCUCCGUAAUGUCCAUAGAGGAGAAGACAAGGACCAAGCAGACAGGAAAUCCCACGAAGAUGUAUGAAGUGGUAUAUAAAACAGGAUCUGAGACUCAUUCUGGCUUCUAUGACAUUGUCCUUGUGGCUACUCCAUUGAACCAGAAGAUGUCCGACAUAACUUUCCGCAAUUUUGACCCACCCAUCGAGGAAUUCAAUGACCCGUAUCAGCACCUGGUGACAACUUUCAUUAAAGGAGAACUCAAUUCCACUCUCUUCAGCUCCAGACCCAAGGAUCAGUUUGGCCUUUCCACGGUUCUUGUCACUGACGACUCGGAUAUGUUUAUUAACAGCCUGUCCAUUGUGGCCUCUGUAAGAGAUAAGGAGGGUCCAGCCCCGGCAGUGGACGGCAUGCACGUGUGGAAGACCUUCUCUAGGGACGUUCUCACCAAAGAGCAGAUCUCAAAGCUCUUCCUGUCCUAUGAUUAUGCGGCGCGGAAGCAGUGGCUGCCCUAUCCUCACUAUGCGCCCCCUCAGAAGUGUCCCUCCAUCAUCCUCCACGACCGGCUCUAUUACCUCAAUGGCAUUGAGUUUGCUGCGAGCUGCAUGGAGAUGAGCGCCAUUGCCGGCUACAAUGCAGCUCUCCUUGCCUACCAUCGCUGGAACGGCAACGAGGACAUGAUUGACCAGGAUGACCUGUAUGAGAAACUUAAGACGGAGCUGUAAGUGAGCACUGCCCUUCCCAGAGCAUCCUGCUCCUGAAGGCCUGAAGCAGCAGAGAUGAUUUUAACUCUUUACCAGCACUCUUCGUGUGGGUCAGGGGCAAACGCGAUGUUCCUGUGCAUAGGAGAGCUUGAUCUUCAGCCAGCAUGUCCUCCUCUUCGGUUUGGGGGAGGUACAGGAGGAUUGAACCUAAGGCCCUGUGCAUGCUAGGCGAGCACUCUGCUACUAAACUGAGCUACACCCAGCCCUCUUUGUGGUUUUUCUUUUGAGACUGGGUCUCACCAAGUUGUUCAGCCUCCGGAGAGCCUGGGUUUACAGGCUCUCGCCAUUAGGCCUGGCUUUUAACUACGGGGAGGCACUGGCAGAGUUCCCCAGACGUUUCGGGGAGGGGUUGUUUUUUGAGACAGGGUUUCUCUGUAUAACAGUCCUGGCUACUGGAACUCGCUCUGUAGACCAGGCUGGCUUUGAACUCACAGAUCCACCUGCCUCUGCCUCCCAAGUGUUGGGAUUAAAGGUGUGCACCGCUGAUAAACACCUGGAUUUGGACUCAGUGAGCUGGAUGUGGGCCUGCGUUUGCUUCAAAUUAUAGAGCAAUAUAUUUUUUUUCUCUCUCUCCCUGUUUCUUCCCCCUCUUUGGGAGGUGUUGAAGCUAUGUCUUAUUUUGUACCCCAGACUGGAACUCAUUAUGUAGUCCAGGCUAGUCUUUAAGUCACAGCAAUCCUCCUGUCUCAGCCUCCCAUGUACUGGGAUACAGGCAUGAGGUCCGGUUCCUGGCAAUUUACACUUCCUAAUGUAAAUGUGUGCAAGCCUGAAGUCUUGACUUUAAGAAUGUGA